AUGAGUACCCCGUUCCGCAUCGUUCUCGAGAUGAUCUUGACGAACGUCCACCGUGGAUGCAACAAUUUUUUUGCGGGAGUCACCGAUGCCGCUCUCAAUGGUAAUGGGUGGCAGAAACUAUUAAACCCUAUCGUCAUCCGGGGCCACACUGCAUGGUCUAGGGAGCCUGGCGACCAGGAGAAGCACGGGGUCCUCCACGACUACGACGGGGAGGAAAUCGACCGCGUUGUGUACCACAAAUAUCAAAUGCAAGCCAACGUAAGUCUUGUCUUCAAACUGCUCAAAACUCCGGCCUCUCUGCGACUGUUAUUCUCUUCCUCACCGAGCACCGUCUCUACCACGACAGUUUCGCAGCCACGUCGCGCCUUGUCCAUCAUGGCAGAUUCUCAAAACGAUCUCUUCAACUACACAUCGGGGCGCUGGGCCUAUAACGACGCUCUUCGCCACAAUAAGCGGAGGCUCGCUUUCGAUGUCGACGAGCUACGUCGACUUGCGGCAGAGUCCAUAAAUCAAAGUCCUGAUGAUGUCAUGAUUGCCCGUAUUCCGUACCCCAUAACCGUUCCAAAAUACUACACCGUCGCCAGCGAAGUUGCCACUAUCGAGUACCUGCGUUCUUCUGGGUUGCCCGUUCUCGAGAUUUACGGGUACUCGCCUGACUCGAAAAACGCCGCUGGGACCGCGUAUAUUCUGAUGGAGCUCGUUCAAGGCUCCAAGCUCAGCGAGGCUUGGCCUGGCCUAGACGACCAGGAAGUCAUUUCCGUCGUCCACCAGCUCACCCAACUCGAGUCACGGAUGAUGUCACUGUCUUUUCCUGUUGGCGGGAGCCUAUAUUUCACCAAAGACUUGGAGAAAGUCGCCACGGAGCUGGCCAUACCUUUGGAUGACAAGCGUUUCUGCGUCGGUCCUGAUGUAAGGCUGCCGCUGUGGUACAGGAGGAGGGCAAAGCUCGACGUAAAUCGAGGACCGUAUCAAAGCGCCGAAGUAGUUCUCAGAGCAGCGGCGCAUAAGGAACUCGCCUACCUCAAGCAGUUCGGGCAACCGAUCCUGCCAUUGCGACGGACUCCAGUCUCAGUUUUCUGCAUCCGCCAUCCAGACCCCCAGCAGAACAACAUCAUCGUGUCGAGGUCGUCUGGCUCCGACUGCAAAGUCGUCGGCCUAAUUGACUGGCAACACGCCUCUAUUCUGCCCAUGUUUCUCCUCGCUGGUGUUCCUCAAUGCUUCCAGAACCAUGAUGAUGACGUCUCGCAGUCUAUGAUGCCCCCCUCUCUACCACAGAACCUCGACAAGUUGAACAGAGCUGAGCGAGCCGACGAGGAGUAUUUCUACCGUCGUCGCCUCGUCCAUUACCAUUAUGUCACCAGCACAAAGGAGUGCAACCAGCUCCACUACACCGCCUUCACAGAUCCCUUGUACGGGCUCCGCAGCCGUCUCUUUCAACAAGCUAGUGGCCCGUGGGAGGGUGAGACUUUCGAGCUAAAGAGUUUACCGUGUCCCGUCAAGUUCAACGCUAAGGACCUACGCGAGACAAUGGCGCUGAAUGAAGACCUGAGUACAGCGGACAGAGGCUUCGAGCUCUUGCAGGGCAUGUGUGGCCUUGGGGAGGAGGGCUGGGUGAUGGCUGAGGGCUACGAGUAUGCCGCGGCGUUCUUGAAGAGAUGA